GGAAGUUGACUCUUUAGUUUUGUUUUCAACGCGUCUUUCUGUUUUAUUCGAGAAUUAAGCCUACAAACAUGUUUAUAGAUUGGCUUGGUUAUGGUUAUGCUGGUCUUGUAACGAUAGGAGGGAUUGUCGGUUAUGCUAAAGCAGGUAGUUUUAUCUCUCUGGCUGCCGGUCUGAUGUUCGGCUUUGCAGCAUUUGUUGGUGCUUAUCAGAUGUCAAAGAAUGACAAAGAUAUCUGGGUUUCUCUGGGCACCUCUGGAUCACUGACUGCUCUCAUGGGAGUGAGAUUUUUGAGCUCAUGGAAGAUUAUGCCAGCUGGAUUUAUGGCAGGAGCAAGUUUACUGAUGUUCCUGAGGAUUGGUGUGAAAGUGCUACAGAAUUCACAGAAAAAGAGAAGAUGACAUCAUUCAAAAUCAAUACCUACAGAUCCUGAAAACAGAUACUAAAACUGAUCUGAUAUUUAAUUUAAAUAGUAAUAAUCAUUCUGGGUCAU